AGGCUUCUGGGCGAGGAGACAUAGAGGAACAAAUCAUAUGAUUGUGCGUUAGCACUCACAUACUUUAUGAUUGUAUAGCUUUGACUAUAAAACUGUCAUUAAGAGCAUCUCUUCUCUUUCCCAGGACGCAGAGAGCGUUCAGAGGAGGACGUCGUUCGGUUUCAGCUCUGGGCUCAGGCUUUGAUGCAGGUCACCUGAUCAGUUUUACUAGAGCAGAUCCUGAUUCACCUUCAACACUAUUAGGAAAACACCUUGCUGAUGACAGCUAGAUUGGACACGGGUUGCCCCUGCUGUGGCAGGCGUCUCAUCUCACGAUUCUUCAUUUUCUUAACUGUUUGAGGAUUAUAUGCUGUAAAUAUUCUGUUUUUGUCCUGAAACCUCAUUUGAACUCUCAUUCCUUGGCCAUCACCUGCCAGUACUGGGAUUGAGGCAGAAGAUCCCAAGAUGAGUGUCAAAAAGGAAGACGUGGAGAAGUUCCUGGAUGGAAAUCCAGAUUUUGCCAGGAGCUAUUUUGACAAAAAGCUCAAACCUGGUGCCGUGGCCUCGAUCAUGCGAAUACCAGAGUCGAAAGUGGAUAUGGACAGUUUUAAGGACAUAUGCUCGGUAGAGGAGGGAGCACUAUUCUACGAUCUCAUUACAGACAUGCAGGAGAACGUCAAUAUGGAGAAGGUGAUUUUUAAGAUUCUGAAGCGGAUCAGCGCUCUGAUCCAUGCCGACCGAUGUAGCCUGUUCAUGUAUCGACAGAGAAACGGCAUCGCUGAGCUGGCUACACGUCUCUUCAACGUUAAUGAACAUUCUGAGCUCGACGACUGCGUGGUGCCUCCAGACUCUGAGAUCGUCUUCCCUCUGGACAUCGGUAUAGUAGGAUAUGUGGCUCAAACCAAGAAGCCCAUCAAUGUGAAGGAUGUUACACAGGUACAAAGGAAAACAUUGCUGUACACAGAUCAGACAAACUUUCACAGAUCUCCAUCUGCAGAUCAUUGGGCUUUGGUUAGUGGAUUACCUACAUAUGUAGCAGAGAGUGGAUUUAUUUGCAACAUCAUGAAUGCAGCAGCAGAUGAAAUGUUCAAAUUUCAGACGGAAGCUCUGGAUGACAGUGGAUGGACCAUCAAGAAUGUGCUGUCCCUGCCAAUUGUCAACAAAAAGGAAGAAAUUGUUGGUGUUGCAACUUUCUACAACAGGAAGGAUGGCAAACCAUUUGAUGACCAUGAUGAACAACUCAUGGAGGCUUUGACACAGUUUCUGGGCUGGUCGGUCCUCAAUACAGACACCUAUGACAAAAUGAACAAGCUGGAGAACAGGAAGGACAUUGCCCAGGACAUGGUGCUGUACCAUGUCAAAUGUCGAGAUGAUGAGAUUCAAAACGUCCUUAAAACAAGAGAAUAUUUUGACAGAGAACCAAGAGACUGUGAGGAGGAAGAGCUUUUGGAGAUUCUGAAAAAAGAGCUGCCUGGCCCGAAUAAGUUUGAGAUCUACGCAUUCCAUUUUUCAGACUUUGUCUGCACUGAAUUGGAUCUUGUAACGUGUGGGAUCCAGAUGUACUAUGAAGUUGGAGUGGUUAAAAAGUUCCAGGUCCCUCAGGAGGUCUUGGUGAGAUUCAUGUACUCAGUCAGCAAAGGCUACAGAAGAAUCACCUACCACAACUGGCGCCAUGGCUUCAAUGUUGGGCAAACCAUGUUCACUUUACUCACGACAGGCAAACUAAAGCGGUAUUACACCGAUUUGGAGGUUAUGGCCAUGAUCACUGCCGGCUUCCUGCAUGAUAUCGACCACAGAGGCACAAAUAAUCUCUACCAAGUGAAGUCCCAAAAUCCUCUAGCCAAGCUGCAUGGAUCCUCCAUUCUAGAGAGGCAUCACUUGGAUUUUGGCAAAUUCUUGUUAGCCGACGAGUCAUUAAACAUCUUCCAAAACCUCAACAGAAGACAAAUGGAGCAUGUCUUACACCUCAUUGACAUAGCCAUUAUUGCAACUGAUCUUGCCUUGUACUUCAAAAAGAGAACGAUGUUCCAGAAAAUUGUUGAUCUCUCUGAGACAUAUGAAGAACAGAAGAAAUGGGUGGACUUCAUGUCUCUUGAAACAACAAGGAAAGAAAUUGUAAUGGCCAUGAUGAUGACAGCGUGUGACCUCUCAGCUAUCGCAAAACCAUGGGAGGUGCAGAGCAAGGUCGCCCUCUCUGUGGCCGCUGAAUUCUGGGAGCAGGGUGAUCUUGAGAGGACUGUUCUUGAGCAACAACCUAUCCCCAUGAUGGACAGGAACAAAGCCGCAGAGCUGCCAAAGCUUCAGUGUGGUUUUAUCGACUUUGUCUGUACAUUUGUCUACAAGGAAUUCUCUCGUUUUCACCCCGAGAUCCAGCCAAUGUUUGACGGCAUUCUGAACAACCGAAUGCAUUGGAAAGAGAGGCAGGAAGAAUAUGAGGCAAAACUAAAGGCAAUGGAGGAGGACAGAUCUCCACCUGCAGAUCAUUGGGCUUUGGUUAGUGGAUUACCUACAUAUGUAGCAGAGAGUGGAUUUAUUUGCAACAUCAUGAAUGCAGCAGCAGAUGAAAUGUUCAAAUUUCAGACGGAAGCUCUGGAUGACAGUGGAUGGACCAUCAAGAAUGUGCUGUCCCUGCCAAUUGUCAACAAAAAGGAAGAAAUUGUUGGUGUUGCAACUUUCUACAACAGGAAGGAUGGCAAACCAUUUGAUGACCAUGAUGAACAACUCAUGGAGGCUUUGACACAGUUUCUGGGCUGGUCGGUCCUCAAUACAGACACCUAUGACAAAAUGAACAAGCUGGAGAACAGGAAGGACAUUGCCCAGGACAUGCUGCUGUACCAUGUCAAAUGUCGAGAUGAUGAGAUUCAAAACGUCCUUAAAACAAGAGAAUAUUUUGACAGAGAACCAAGAGACUGUGAGGAGGAAGAGCUUUUGGAGAUUCUGAAAAAAGAGCUGCCUGGCCCGAAUAAGUUUGAGAUCUACGCAUUCCAUUUUUCAGACUUUGUCUGCACUGAAUUGGAUCUUGUAACGUGUGGGAUCCAGAUGUACUAUGAAGUUGGAGUGGUUAAAAAGUUCCAGGUCCCUCAGGAGGUCUUGGUGAGAUUCAUGUACUCAGUCAGCAAAGGCUACAGAAGAAUCACCUACCACAACUGGCGCCAUGGCUUCAAUGUUGGGCAAACCAUGUUCACUUUACUCACGACAGGCAAACUAAAGCGGUAUUACACCGAUUUGGAGGUUAUGGCCAUGAUCACUGCCGGCUUCCUGCAUGAUAUCGACCACAGAGGCACAAAUAAUCUCUACCAAGUGAAGUCCCAAAAUCCUCUAGCCAAGCUACAUGGAUCCUCCAUUCUAGAGAGGCAUCACUUGGACUUUGGCAAAUUCUUGUUAGGCGACGAGACAUUAAACAUCUUCCAGAACCUCAACAGAAGACAAACGGAGCAUGUCUUCCACCUCAUUGACAUUGCCAUUAUUGCAACUGAUCUUGCAUUGUACUUCAAAAAGAGAACAAUGUUCCAGAAAAUUGUGGAUCUCUCUGAGACAUAUGAAGAUCAGAAGAAAUGGGUGGACUUCAUGUCUCUUGAAACAACAAGGAAAGAAAUUGUAAUGGCCAUGAUGAUGACAGCAUGUGACCUCUCAGCUAUCGCAAAACCAUGGGAGGUACAGAGCAAGGUCGCCCUCUCUGUAGCAGCUGAAUUCUGGGAGCAGGGUGAUCUUGAGAGGACUGUUCUUGAGCAACAACCUAUCCCCAUGAUGGACAGGAACAAAGCCGCAGAGCUGCCAAAGCUUCAGUGUGGUUUUAUCGAUUUUGUCUGUACUUUUGUCUACAAGGAAUUCUCUCGUUUUCACCACGAGAUCCAGCCCAUGCAUGAUGGCAUUCUGAACAACCGGAUGCAUUGGAAAGAGAGGCAGGAGGAAUAUGAGGCAAAACUAAAGGCAAUGGAGGAGGCAGCUAAGGCCAGACAGGAAGCAGCUACCAAAAAUGCUGCAAAUUCCAACAGCACCAGUGGAUCAGGAUCAGGAUCCAAGACCUGCUCUAUCUGCUAGAGAAAAGACGACGUUACAGAGGGCAAGGCAGUUUGAGAUAUAGUACAAUGCAUUGGAAAGAGAGGCAGGAAGAAUAUGAGGCAAAACUAAAGGCAAUGGAGGAGAGACAGGAAGCAACCAGACAGGAAGCAGCUGGCA